CUUCCUAGAAUACGUUACUCACAUUCCUUACAUACAUAUUUUAGUUAGCUGCUCUAAUUAAUAUUAGUACUUAAACCACACGGGAUUGAUUUCACCGUUAAAGCAAACUUUCCUUUGUUUUUAGACAGUAUAAAAAGACCAUAAUUUCCCUUCUUGUAGACAUCAGGCUGCACACAUAAGCUUAAUUCUAGAUUUUGGACAAAAUGGAUUUUAUUUCAGCAAAACGACUCAUUUUGUUGACUUUAGCCACUUCAAGCUUGUUAACAUCAAACAUCUUUUGUGCAGACGAAUUGAUGAUGUCCAAUCUUUACAGCAAAGACAAUUAUGACAAGUAUUCUAAGCCUAGAGGGGACCCUAAAGGAGAAAAGGAAAGAAGUCUCAAUUUUGAAGAAUGGAAAGAUUGGAGUCCAAAAAACGUCACUAAGAUUACACCUGCAGUCAACAAAAUGCCACACUCGGCAGCCAACUUGCCAUUGAGAUUUGGGAGGACCAUGGAAGAAGAAAGAGGCCCUGGGGCAAUGGCCAACCUGCCUCUGAGAUUUGGAAGAAACACAGAGGAAAGCAUCUCGAGACGCAUUCCUAACCUGCCCCAAAGGUUCGGGAGAACAACAGCCAAAAGUGUCGCCAAGACACUGAGUGAUUUGCUCCAACAAUCCAUGCAUUCACCACCUGCCAAUGAGUUACUUUACUCCAUGACCUGCCAGCCCCAAGAAAUCCAGAAUUCCCAUCAAAAACACCCAAGGAGACUGGGAUUCAAGAAAAGAGAUGAUACAGAAUUGAAACAAGAAAAAUAAGAAAUCUGGAGCCUGUCCCUAAAGAUGAUAUGAAGCUGUGGCCUGUAAUCUACAAAUAACUCUCUAGUGAAGACAAUGAGUGAAGAGUCCCUGCACUCUUUUAACGGGUUAUCAUUGAGAGCAAUUUUUCCUUGUCCGUGUGGCUAGUACCUUGAAAGUUAUACAAAACGACUUAA